UGCAGAGGAGUCGAGGUUGGAGAAGGGAAUGACCUUGCCAAGACCACAUGCCACCGGUGUCAGAAGUGGGAUCCGCAGCCCGGAGGGCCCGUGGCCUCCACCCUGUGGUGACAUCCUUCCAGUCAGGGAGUGGGGGAUGGGGAGCAUCCUCAGCCCUUUCUCAGCUCCCCCAGAGAGGAGGGGGGGACCUCAGGUCUUCCCCAUUUGCCCGGGGCUCCUCCCAGACCAAUGGCUCCUUCCCCUCUGCCCUGGUCCUGGGCAUCUGGCCUCGGUCCCUCACCGGCGCCCUCUCUGCCCACAGCCCCAGCGGAGGCCGGCAAUGGGGGCUCCCCUCUGCCCCGAUGGCUCCCUUCCUCCCCUGUGCCCCCAGUCCUGGGCGUCCGGCCUCAGUCCCUCACCGGCGCCCUCUCUGUCUGCAGCCCUGGCGGAGGCCGGCGAUGGGGGCCGGUGGCCCUUCUCAGCGGGCGGGUGCGGCCCCGGACGGCGGCUGGGGCUGGGCGGUGCUGCUUGGCUGCUUCGUGGUGACAGGCUUCUCCUACGCGUUCCCCAAGGCGGUCAGCGUGUACUUCAAGGCGCUCAUGCGGGACUUCGGCGUGGGCUACAGCGACACGGCCUGGAUCUCCUCCAUCAUGCUGGCCAUGCUCUACGGUACAGGGCCUGUGUCCAGCAUCCUGGUCAACCAGUUUGGCUGCCGACCAGUGAUGCUGGCGGGGGGCCUGCUGGCCUCGGCCGGGAUGGUCCUGGCCUCCUUCACCCGCAGCCUCGUGGAGCUCUACCUCACGGCCGGCGUGCUCACGGGCCUGGGCAUGGCCCUCAACUUCCAGCCCUCGCUCAUCAUGCUGGGCCUCUACUUUGACCGCCGGCGGCCCCUGGCCAAUGGGCUGGCGGCAGCGGGCAGCCCCGUCUUCCUGUCGGCCCUGUCUCCCCUAGGCCAGGUCCUGCUGGAGCGCUUCGGCUGGCGCGGGGGCUUCCUCCUCAUGGGGGGGCUGCUGCUUAACUGCUGCACGUGCGGGGCGGUCAUGAGGCCCCUGCCCGGGGCUCGGGGAGGGGCCCGGGAGGAAGCCAGGGAGAUGCUGCCUCUGGAGCCGGGCAGGAAGCCGGCGGGGAGCCCCGGGGGCCGGCGGCGGGGGCGCGGGAAGCGGUUGCUGGACCUGUCCGUCUUCACCGACCGGGGCUUUGUGGUCUACGCCGUGGCCAAGUUCAUCCUGGUGCUGGGGCUGUUUGUGCCCACCAUCAUGCUGGUCAACUACGCCAAGGACGCGGGCGUGCCCGACGCCGAGGCCGCCUUCCUCCUCUCGGUCAUCGGCUUCGUGGACAUCGUGGCCCGGCCGGCCUGCGGGGCCCUGGCCGGGCUGGCCCACGUCCGGCCCCACGUCACCUAUCUCUUCAGCCUGGCCAUGCUGGCCAACGGGCUGACCGAUGUGUGCAGCGCCCGGGCCCGCUCCUACGGCGCCCUGGUGGGCUUCUGCGUGGCCUUCGGCCUCUCCUACGGCAUGGUGGGCGCCCUGCAGUUCGAGGUGCUCAUGGCGACUGUCGGCGCCCACCGGUUCCCCAGCGCCCUCGGCCUGGUGCUGCUGGUGGAGGCUGUGGCGGUGCUCAUUGGGCCCCCCUCGGCGGGUCGCCUGGUGGACGCCCUCAAGAACUAUGAGAUCAUCUUCUACCUGGCAGGCUCGGAGGUGCUCCUGUCCGCCCUCUUCCUGGCCACGGCCACCUACUGCUGCCUGAGGAAGCCCCGGGGCCCCCGGCCGGCCCCAGACGGUCCCAGUGGGGCCGGGGACGCAGGGGAGGCUGAGUCCGACGGGGAGCCCGGUUGCCCCCCUGCCGCCGCCCAGGAGAACCACGUGGGCCCCGAGCGGGAGCAGGCCGAGGAGGAGGAGGAGGCGGAGGCAGAGAGGAAGCCCGUGCUGGGGGGCUCCACAGAGACCAUGGGCAAGGGCGCGUUCUAG